AUGAUAUACCCUUCUCUCGUUUCAACAGCCGCACUAGCUGCAUCUCUUUCCAGUGGCGUCACAGCUAAUGCUAUACCGAGAGCCUCCACUAUCGCGUUUCAAGAUGGUCUCGUGGCAGAAGCUGGGGGCAUGCAUAACGUGCGCAUCACCUAUAAUGCGCCUCUGGAUGGCGAGCUCAGUCUCCACUAUGGCGACUGUGAGGUAGCCUCUCCAGACGACUGCCACCAUACGCUCGGCAAGACACAUGUUGGCUCGCAUCCCCUGGCUAAGAGGCAUGAGGCUCAUGAGUACCGACGUCCGGCGAAGUUCGUGUGGCUUCCGCCGGUGGAUAUUGCUUCUGGCGGGUGCCUGCAUGCGUUCUCUGGGGAUGUGCUUGUUGGGAGAUCGGCUCCUGUGGCUGUUGCUGAGCGGAAGAGGAAACGAUGGACUGCUGCCGCAGAUAUCAUGGAUGCCGAAGGCCCCUGGUUCGACGGCGUCGAGUAUCUCCAAGAGAAAGAGCCUGACGAGGCCUUUGUAGCAGCCGCUAAAUCGAAGACCAUCGGCAUUGUUGGAGGAGGCAUGUCUGGACUCAUGACUGCUCACCUGCUUGAUAGUGUUGGCUUCCAUGAUUGGAAGAUUAUUGAGGCUUCGAGUCGCAUUGGUGGGAGAAUGGGCCCAAUGCGAUUUCCUACAGAAAUCACAUACGAUGAUCCUGCCGAGACGAUCCCCAUCUUGGAUCAUAGGAUGGUGUUCCAGCUCGGCGACGUUCUGAACAAGCAGAAUGGCAACGACUCCGAGUAUCUAGUCAACUUCAUCAAAUGGAUUCAAGCCGCCGCCAACGACCCAGCAACUUACUCGACCAACGCCAACCUGACGUACUCGAACGCCACUGCCGUUGCUCUGGCCGAGUCUGCCUAUGAAGACUGGGUUGGUAUGGACCGUGAAAGGUAUCGAUCGAUCGCUUCGAACGUCUACAAGGCCCACAAAUGGGCUGUUGACAACGGCUACUUUCACUUCAGCGAAGCCGGGUACCUCAAGUACGCCCUACAAAUGUCCAACAACAUCACCGACGAAGUGGACUCGACCCUCGACAACUCCCCAUCGUGGGAGUACGAAAGUGUCUACUUCUCCGCGACCUCGUGGAAGACCAUCGACAAAGGCCUAACAAGCCUGCCAAAAGCCUUCGGCCCCCAAGUCCUCAACCGAACGAUCUUUCAAACCGCCGUGCAAGGCAUGUCCUGGGACAACUCAACCCAAAAGAUGACACUCCAAUACCGCAACAAGAACCCCUUCGACAUCGAGCCCGAAACCAUGUCCUUCGACUACGUCGUCGUCGCGGUGCCCUUCAGCAAAGUCCGCCUCUGGCGCCUCCCUGAAUACACCGACCUCCUUAGCCGCGCGAUCCAACGCCUCAACUACGAUCAAUCCUGCAAAGUCGCCCUGCACUACAAGACCCGCUUCUGGGAACACCUCGAGCACCCCAUCAUCGGCGGCUGCGGCUCGACCGACAUCCCGCAAAUCGGCUCCGUCUGCUACCCGAGCUACAAAAUCAACUCGACCGGCCCCGGUGUGAUUCUAGGCUCCUACGUCUCCACCACCGGCGCGCGCUCCGUUGGCUCCAUGACGGACGAAGAGCACGUCGCGUACGUCCAGCGCGCGAUGAUCGAGAUCCACGGCACGAUCGCGCAGGAGCAGUUCACAGGCUCCUACGACCGGCACUGUUGGGAGUUUGACCAGUACCAGGCGGGGGCGUGGUGCGGGCCGCUGGUGGGGCAGCAGGAGUUGUAUCUGCCGGCGUAUUUUCACACCGAGAAGAAUACGGUGUUUGUGGGCGAGCAUACGAGUUUUACGCAUGCUUGGAUUUGGAGCGCGCUGGAGAGUGCGGUGAGGGGGACGAGUCAGUUGUUGUUGGAUAUGGGGCUGGUGGAUGAGGCGAAGGAGAUUACGGAGUUUUGGAUGGCGAGGUGGAUUAGUAUGUGA